GGAGCUGCGAGAUUUGAGGCGGCGCGGGACCUGUGAACAGAAUGUGUCCUCCCCCUCCUCACGACCCUGAGGCCACCAAGAUGAGUGCCGUGGCCCGGCCGGCGUGUGUGCCCACGUCGCGCUAGGGGGAGCCCGUGGGGACGCCAGGCGCCGGGCCCAUGGUGUGCUAGUCCCCAGGAGCCGCCGCCAGCCAGGCCUCCGCAGACCGGGAUCUGCCCGCAGCAGAGUAACCGUGGAGAGGCCAGGGUACCACAAACUUAUGGAUUUUGACAAGAAAGGAGGGAAAGGGGAGUCGGAGGAGGGCCGGAGAAUGUCCAAGGCCAGCGGCCGGACCAGCCACGGCGGCCGGAGUGCGGGGACCGGCUCAGGGGUCCUGAUGGUGGGCCCUAACUUCCGUGUCGGGAAGAAGAUAGGCUGUGGCAACUUCGGGGAGCUCCGGCUAGGAAAGAAUCUCUAUACAAAUGAAUACGUAGCUAUCAAAUUGGAGCCCAUCAAGUCCCGGGCGCCGCACCCAGGUAAACAUGGCCUCUGUGGGAGGCAGAUCACGCGCAUGGAGUACGUGCACACCAAGAGCCUCAUCUACCGAGACGUGAAGCCCGAGAACUUCCUGGUGGGGCGGCCGGGCACCAAGAGGCAGCACGCCAUCCACAUCAUCGACUUCGGCCUGGCCAAGGAGUACAUCGACCCCGAGACCAAGAAGCACAUCCCGUACCGGGAGCACAAGAGCCUGACGGGCACCGCCCGCUACAUGAGCAUCAACACGCACCUGGGCAAGGAGCAGAGCCGCCGUGACGACCUGGAGGCGCUGGGCCACAUGUUCAUGUACUUCCUGCGUGGCAGCCUGCCCUGGCAGGGCCUCAAGGCCGAUACCCUCAAGGAGCGCUACCAGAAGAUCGGGGACACCAAGCGGGCCACUCCCAUCGAGGUGCUGUGUGAGAGCUUCCCAGAGGAGAUGGCCACGUACCUGCGCUACGUGCGACGCCUGGACUUCUUCGAGAAGCCGGACUACGACUACCUGCGCAAGCUCUUCACCGACCUGUUUGACCGCAGCGGCUUCGUGUUCGACUACGAAUACGACUGGGCUGGGAAGCCCCUGCCGACGCCCAUCGGCACGGUCCACACCGACCUGCCUUCGCAGUCUCAGGCUCGAGAAAAAGCCCAGCUACAUAGCAAAAACCAGGCGCUAAACUCCACCAACGGGGAGCUGAAUGCAGACGACCCCACUGCCGGUCACUCCAACGCCCCCAUCACGGCGCCCACAGAGGUGGAGGUGGCGGAUGACACCAAGUGCUGCUGUUUCUUCAAGAGGAGAAAGAGGAAAUCGAUGCAGCGACACAAGUGAGCCGGACCGCGUGGUGCCCUGACCCUCUCGCUGCCCUUGGCGGGUGCGCGCAGGUGUGUGAGCCCGGCCGGCAGGCCGCAGCCGCUGCCCUCGCUGGACUGUGGCCACGUCUCCGCGCCUGUGUUUAGUGUCCCCUCCGAGAGCAUUAACUAUUUAAACAAGGACAGGACAGAGCGGCCGGCCCGCGCCCCCGCGAGGAGCACGCCGCGCCGCCAGCCGCCGCCGUUAGUGUCAUAAAGUCCAGCUUGUCUCCCUCAUCCAAAGGCCGUUUUCUGGAGGGGGCGCUGUGGGGGUUGCUGUGGGGUGAACCCACUCCUGGGCCUCCGACACCAGAGGAAGGCGGGUGCGGGUGGCCUCCAACCAAAAUGCUGCACCAAAGCUUGGGCGCGGCAGGCUCGUCCCCGUGAGCGGGGUGCUGCCGGCCGGGCGCCCCCACACUGCUGGCCGGGCCCGUGGCGCGGGCCGCUGCCGUCCACUCAGCGCCGCCCGCACAGCCGCAGGCGGCAAGCGCCUUAAGUCCCCGGCCCAGCCCCGGGCACAUGCCAGGCAGGGCAGCCCAGGGCGGCGCCCCGCCGGCCCGAGCCAGUGGCAGGGCGGCGGGGCGCCCAGGGGCGGCGGUCCGGGCGCGUGUGCUCGAAGUCUUGCUUUACACAGUGUACAGAAACGGCACUUCGGUUUCUUUGAUGCUUCCUGGAAGCCAUAGAAGUUAGGGGCUUUUUUAAAAAAUAAAGGAAAAUGA